UAGGGACUGCAUUGGGGUAUCGGUGGGGACUCGAUAAUAUGGAUAAAUGGUAGUAACCACAUUGUUUUUUCAUGUGAAACCUUUAUAAGAGUAUAUAUCAAUAAUACCUUAAUAAAAAAUAAAAAACAAAACAUUAAAAAAAGUGAACUUCAGAAAAAGUAAACUAUUCUAUUAUUUCAUUCCAUAUAUUAAAAUUUUUGUUUCCUUUUUUUCUUCCCAGGAGUGGGUGUAGUAACAUUUCUGCAGCCAUCCUUUCUAUUUGGAUGUUUUCAAAUGCAGUCUCAGAACUUAGACUUGUAAGACCUAGAGGUGUGUUCAAUUGUGAUUGUUUACCAAUUUUUUACCAUGGAAAUAAUAAACUGGCCAUACUUAUUUUCUGAAAGGAAUAGGUAUUUUGUGUUUUCUUGUUGAACUAGAAAAAAAAGUGCCUUAUGGUUUUCUUCCAUCCUUUACACAUAAACUCUGGAUUUGAGUGAUUUUGCUGGAUGUUCAAACACUGGGUUUAUCACUUUUAAAAUAUCAGUGGUGGUUCAGAGGACCUGGGUGGGGAAUAGAAGUCUGAGGACAAUGGCUCUAACCCUAGGGCCCCUUGAGCCUUCUAAGGGAAGUACUUAAAGGCCCAGUUGAUUUUUCCCUGGGGAGCCUCCCCCUGGGUGUCUUAGCUGCUCCCACCCACCAGGGAAGGAGCUUUUCUACUGAAAGAAGCUCCAGAGCCCUGGAAAGGGGCAGAGGCCCGUGAACGUGGAGCGGGGGAAGGAUGAGGCGGUAUUGUCCUUUCGGAGGUUUGUAACUGGUUUCUUUGGCCCUGUUCCUAGACAGAGCUUUGAGCCUUGCAUCCACCGUGUUGAUGCACUCGGAGCAAUCUGCAUGUUACGGAAGUCUGGAAGAUCAGUUGUUCUGUUUUGUGUACAAAAGGAUUUUUGAAUUUGGGAGUUCUUUUGGGUCAGAACCUUACAUUGACUUUGGAUGAGGAUGGAAGGCUGAAGGAAGCAGUGUUUACAUUAUAUCCUGAGAGCAGGGUCUGUGGAGCUCCCAGAGUCCUUUCUUGUGGCUGCUCAGCUGUCCCCCCAACCCACCAAGAGCCUGACUCCAAGUAUUGUAUCCCAUCAGAGGGAGUCUACCGCAAGCUUGGGCAAGUGGGUUUUCCUUCUGAACUGCGGGGAAGCAGGCUGCUGAUUCACCUGACUCCAGUGUUUGCAUUUCUUUCCUUGUGUGUUUACACACUGCAUAUUGGAGUUAUUUGCUCUAUGUAGUUUCCCUUAGACUUCGGUGUUAUUUCCUGUGUGAGCAUAUGAGAGUUUUAGUUUUUGGGCUUUGAAAAUGUAAGUUGAUUAACGAUCAAGUGGGAGUAAGGCAAGAUGUUCCGGAACCAAACAGAGUAUUUUUUCCUUUUAGGCAAGAGAGCCUCCAGAUUUGAGAUGGGUUAUUUGCGCUUCCAGGUAGAUUUUACGUUUCAGGAUUCAAUGAGUUUUGAAGAUGUAGCUAUAAACUUCAGCCUGGAGGAGUGGGCACUGCUGGAUUCUUCUCAGAAGAAACUUUACAGAGAUGUGAUGCGGGAAACAUUGAGGAACCUGGCCUCAGUAGGGAAAAAAUGGGAAGACUGUAACAUUGAAGAUCAGUACAAAGAGCAGGGAAGAAAUCUAAGAAGUCGUAUAGUAGAGAGACUCUGUGAAAAUAAAGAAAGUAGUCAACAUGGAGAAAACUUCAGCCAGAUUCCAAAUCAUAAUUUAAACAAGAAAACUUCUGAAGUAGUAAAACCAUGGGAGUGCAAUAUGUGUGGAAAAGCCUUCAUGCGGCAUUCGUCCCUUAAUAGGCACAAAAGAUCUCACACUCUGCCCAAACCAUACAAGUAUCAGGAAUAUGGAACGAAGCCUUAUAAUUGUAAGGAAUGUGGAAAAGCCUUCAGUUAUCUCCAGCCUUUUCAAAAACAUGAAAGAAAUCACAGUAUAGAGAAAUCCUACAAAUGUAAGGAAUGUGGGAAAUCUUUUAGGUAUCGCCAAUCUGUUAGAAAACAUGAAAGGACUCACACUGGAGAGAAACCCUAUCAGUGUAAACAAUGUGGAAAAGCCUUUAGAUAUCAUCAAACUUUUCAAACACAUGAAAGAACUCACACAGGAGAGAAGCCCUAUGAGUGUAAGCUAUGUGGUAAAGCCCUCAGUUGUCCCAGUUCCUUUCGAAGUCAUGAAAGAACUCACACUGGAGAAAAACCGUAUGAGUGUAAAAAGUGCAGUAAAGCCUUCAGUUGCCCCAGUUCUCUUCGAAAACAUGAAAGAACUCAUACUGGAGAGAAACCCUAUGACUGUAAAGAAUGUGGGAAAGCCUUCAUUUCUCUCGGAAGCUUUCAAAGACAUAUGAUAACGCACACUGGAGUUGGACCUUACAAAUGUAAGGAAUGUGGGAAGGCAUUCAAUUGUCCCAGUUCAUAUCGAAUACAUGAAAGAUCUCACACUGGAGAAAAACCCUAUGAAUGUAAGCAAUGUGGUAGAGCCUUUAGUUGUUCCAGUUCCUUUCGAACACAUGAAAGAACUCACACUGGAGAAAAACCCUACCAAUGUAAGGAAUGUGGAAAAGCCUUCCAUUGGCUCACCACUUUUCAAGUCCAUGUGCGAACUCACACUGGAGAGAAACCCUAUAUAUGCAAGCAGUGUGGUAAAGCCCUCAGUUGUCCCACUUCUUUUCGAAGACAUGAAAGGACUCACACUGCUGAGAAACCCUAUGAAUGUAAACAGUGUGGGAAAACCUUCAGUUCUCCCCUAGGUUUGCAAAUACAUGGAAGAACUCACACUGGAGAGAAACCCUACAAAUGUGAGGAAUGUGGGAAAGCAUUCGUUUCUCUCACCAGUUUCCGAAGACACAUGAUGACACACACUGGAGAUGGACCUUAUAAAUGUAAGGAAUGUGGGAAAGCAUUUAAUUGUCCCAGUGCAUUUCGAAUACAUGAAAGAACUCACACAGGGGAGAAACCCUAUGAAUGUAAAAUAUGUGGUAAAGCCUUCAGUUGUUCCAGUUAUGUUCAAGUACAUGAAAGAACUCAUACUGGGGAGAAACCCUAUGAAUGUAAGGAGUGUGGGAAAGCCUUCAUUUAUCGCACAACCUUUCGAGGACACAUGAGAAUGCACACUGGAGAGAAGCCCUAUAUAUGUAAAGAUUGUGGGAAAGCCUUUAGUCGACCCAGUUCAUUUAGAAGCCAUGAAAGAAUUCACACUGGAGAGAAACUUCUUGAAUAUAAUAAGACUUUAACAGAAGAGACCUGUAAUCAGACAAAAAAAAAAAAAAAAAAUUGGAGAUGGCUGUCCUGGAAUGCAUUACGUCAGUAUGGGUAAUGUGACCAACAUUUUCUAGAGCCUAUUCUCUUUAUAGUUCCAUUUUCAAACUCACCAGGAGCCUCACCUGCAUGAGUUUGGCAGGCAAAAGCAAAGAAGGCCUUAAUUUUUGGAAGCAUGGUACAGAGAUAAAUGCACAGGAGUUUCACAUAUAUCCUUCUUCCAGCCCAUUUUCCUGAUUCUUUGCCCUGCCAGUCAAGAAUAUCAUCAGUACCACUACCAACUGCUUGACUUCCACUUUCUCAAGAGUUGUAAGUUUCCACAGAUACCUCCUCAAGUCCCACAGCAAAGAUGCAACACAGUUUGGAUUUUCCUGCAGGCCAUCAUGUGUCCAUCAGGCAACACAUAUGACUGCCAAUGUUCUCUGAAGCGGUGAACCCCACAUCUCUAGGUUGUAUUCAUAUAAGAUGUAAUUUGUGUAGUAAAUACCUUGUUCUGUUAAUAGUGCUAGUGACUGUGUUCCUGAUCCCACCAGCACAGCUACAAUGCUGCAGUCAAAAGGAACCAUGGUGUAGCUUGUUCCUCUUCUUUGCUGUGACGUCUGUGACCCAGGCUUCCAUGUGAGAAUAAGCACCUUCUUUAUAUCAAGCAGAUUGUGGGUAUUUAUGAUUCAUCAAAGCUAAAAAUUCCUCAGUACACUUUCAGUUAUGUUUGUAUGUGAUUAAAAAGUGUUCAUAUUUUUGUCAAAUGCUUUUGUAGAUGUUGCUAGAUAUGUUUUAUUAGCUGUUCCAGAUACUGUAUACUAACAAAUGUUAAGUUUUGCAUUUCCUGAUGAGGUAUAUUAAAAUAUCGCAUUGUAAUUGUGGAUUUUCAGAUCAACUUAUGAUUUUGUCACAUCAGUCAAUAUAAAUUCUGAGUUAAUAAUCA